CAGCGAGAGGCAGAGUGAGAAGCAACGUGCGGUCGUCUGAGUGUAAGCUGCGGUCCGGGGGGAAACUGAUUGCGCAUGAUCUUAUCACCGGAGAUACAGACUUUAACUGGACGAGUGAGGAGCACAGAUUUGUCUUUUAGGCAAAGCAAGGACUGUCGUCUGGAUUUCCAUGACCGCGCUCGUGAUUCUGGAAAGUGCUUUGCGCACAGAGGGGGACCAAAUGGAAGCGCGUCCUGUGAAGUCGGAUCCAACGACCCCGCAGUGAAUAUGAAGGAAAAAACUUUGCGUUAAACCCGAGAGAACAGUCGAAGGAUAUGAAUGCAGUCGGAUUCGGAUUUCCGAUUCCACUUGGUUUUUCUCUGUCGGGCUCAGUUCUGCGUGUUCGGGGAUGUUGGCGAGUUGCAUGUGUGCGGCUUCAGUUCGGAUACUGACCCAUGUGUGCGUCCUGGUCUUGGUGCUGGUGGUGCUCGCUGUGGGACUCCGAGCCUCGGAGCUGCGGGUCCGGGUCCGGCUCGUUGAUGGACACGUGACCGAGGAGGUGUUGGAGGCGGACAGCGAGAGAGACUCGAUUUCAGUCGAAUUCAAACAAGGAGACGGGACUCUGAUUACUUUUGUGGCGGACUUCAAACAGGAGGUGAAGAUAUUUCGAGCCUUGAUUCUGGGCGAGCUGGAGAGAGGACAGAACCAGUACCAGGCGCUGUGCUUCAUCUCUCGACUCAGCCGCAAUGAGAUCAUACCCAGCGAGUCUAUGGCCCGUCUCAGACAGAAAAAUCCGCACGCCAUUCGCUUGGCAGAGGAGCGGAGGGGUUUGGAGCAGCUGACGAUGAGCGUGGCUGUUAAUCUAAGUCAGGCUUUGCAUCUCAGCUCUCACAUCCACAACAUGUGCAGCGAGGCCCGGGAGGCCGUUUACACCAGGGAGGCGGAUGUCAAACACUGGCUAGACAAAGGGGUGGAUGGCUCCAUAUUUGAGGUCCUGCCCCAAACAACGGAGAUGCCUAAUUUUCAGGCUUGUCAUUCUACUAAAGACUUGUGGCAACCCUGUCUCUGCACAUACAGCCUGCGUCUGGAGUGGUACCCGUGUCUGUUGAAAUAUUGUCGCAGCCGGGACACCACUGGAAAAGGCUCGACCUACAAGUGCGGCAUAAAGAGCUGCAGCAAGGGCUAUCAUUUUACCUACUAUGUUCCCCAGAAACAGCUCUGUCUAUGGGAUGAGGAGACCUAGCAGUUGUUCCCCCCCCCCGACAAGCCAUUGCCUCUCCAAAGUAAACGCAGUAACACUGGACCUCAGUUCAUAUGAUUACGAGUGAAGCUGUCUCAGGUGGAGAGUGGUAAGAUCCAGAUGUCCGUGCUGAAACAGAAACAAAUUCAGGUUGCAAAUGAGACCAAAAUCUUAAAGGACAGAGCGAUGCAGCUCACUGAUGUAAGAGGUCUCUCUAACUUCAAGCCUUUUCCGGGGAGAAAAUGACAUGUACUUGUCAGCCAAAUUGUGACUUUGCCAAGGGACUGUCACUUGUGUGCCUUUUUUUUUUGAGACAUGAUUGGAGCAGGUGACAGGAGACCAACAAUAACCUCUGAAACACCUCUGAGAACUGGACAGCGCAUUUCUAGUCCAUUGAACAUCAGUAGAGUCCCACACUGAUUAAACGGGGGUACACACACACACACAUCAUCUUCCAUCCUGAUGAAGGAAAAGUUGGAUGGUGAUCAGCUAAAUGCCUCUUUAUAAUAUUGUGUGAUGGCUGUCAAAGAAAAAGGUUUAUCCAAUGCUGGCUUUAUUUAUUUUGGUUGCAAAGUGAAAUUAUGGAGGACUAUUUUGUAUAAUUCUGUUUUAAAAUAACCUAAUUUUUCUCUUCUAUUUGAAUAAAUACGUUCUUAAAUUCACAUGCUCAAACCACAGGUCCUUGUAGUAACGAGACGUAUUUAAACAUGGACUGUUGAAAGACUGGAUAUUAGACUCUAUAUGUCAUUUAACAUCCUUUCAAAAUGUAAAGCUGCACGUUGUACUCAAUAGGACACCAUCAUGCCCAUCACUUUAAUUAUCAUUUGUAAGUAUCAAGUAAACCAAAGUCAAAACAGUUAAGAGAAGGGUGUAAAGUUUCAGUUUUUAGAAACAGUCUCUUCAGUGUGGAUCAUAGACUGUAAAUAAAGAAGAAAAUCUUUUACUGUCUGUGGUUUAGGCUUCACUAAAACUACUUUUAAUAGUCUAUACUGCCAUCUUGUGGUUGGAAAGUGUUCCAGUUGUUUUUUUUUUUUUUUUUAAUCCAAAUGCCUCGCUCUGGUUUUGUCUGUUAAUGUCAAGAUUAAUGUUCAUACAUCUCAAAUCCCUGAUCAUUAACCGGUGUAAUUCAGAAGCACUUCUUUAAACCCAUGGGACCAAAAUUCACUCUGUCUGUUUCUCAGAGGGAACAUUUGUAAGUGCAGCCUUUUCUGGUGAUCAAGUGCCUUAACAUUUCCACUGAUUUAUAUUUGCUAUGUAAUUGUAGUUUAAGUUGUUGAACAUAUUUUUUCUAUGAAAGAAUUCUGAGUAUGCUGUAAAAAGAGAGAGAUGUACCAUUUAUGAGUUGUUUUACAGUAAUUGUUUCAAUAAAGUAUUUCCUUGCACUGCA